AGCAAAUCAUGGAGGAAGAUCAAGAAUAUGGUGCACUGGUCCCCAUUUGUGAUGUCUUUCAAGAAGAAGUACCCUUGGAUCCAGCUAGCGGGACACGCAGGUAGUUUCAAGGCAGCAGCCAAUGGCAGGAUCCUGAAGAAGCACUGUGAAUCGGAGCAGCGCUGCCUCGACCGCCUGAUGAACGAUGUCCUGAAGCCCUACGUUCCUGCCUACCACGGCGAUGUCGUGAAGGACGGGGAGCGAUACAACCAGAUGGAAGAUCUGCUGGCUGAAUUUGACUCCCCCUGCGUUAUGGACUGCAAAAUGGGGGUCAGGACAUACUUGGAGGAGGAGCUGAUAAAGGCCCGGAAGAAGCCAAGCCUGAGGAAGGACAUGUACCAGAAGAUGAUUGAGGUGGACCCCGAUGCCCCCACCGAGGAGGAGAAUGUGCUGCGGGCAGUAACCAAGCCCCGUUACAUGCAGUGGAGGGAGACCAUCAGCUCAACUGCCACGCUGGGCUUCAGGAUUGAGGGGAUAAAG